CGAGUAUCAAAAAGCAAUUGUGUUUACAAAAAAAUGUCAAAAAGUUUUCGAACACCGACGGAUGCGGAACACUACUCCGAAAACGGUGCGGAAGAAAACAGACCGAAAAACCUUUCGUCGACUUAGCCACGCGCUCCCAAUUACGCUCUUUCACUUCGUAACCCCAACUUACACCGCGUCGUCCCCACUGUUCGCAAAAAUCGCCGCAUCAAAGAAACAAUUUAAAUAAAAAUCAUUUUAAGAAAAAUAAACAUACAACAACAACAAAAUAUAUAAGUUUUGCAAUUUUUGUCAAUUGUGUGCCUCGAAUGAAGAUCAACAACAAAAACCAAACAACAACAACAACAACAAAUCAAAGCUAAAUAACAAAAGCAAACAUACAACAAAAAUUUAAGAAAAAAAAAACACUACUAGUGGUCUUGCAAUUUUUGUUGCAUUUUUUUUCCUGUUGAAGCAAUAUCAAAGUGCAAAAAAAUAAAAACAAAUUUACAAAAAAAAACUAAAAAUUCAAAAGUCCUGGAUUAUUUUGAAUUAAAAAAAACAAAAACAGUAUUUUGUUUUGGGAACAAAGACAAAUGCAAAAGAGCAGCAGCAGCAGAGCCCCCCCGUAACGGUAACCAAGCAAAGUGAAAUCUCACGCAAAAAAAGGCAAAAAAAAAGAAAAAGCAGUAGCUGAACGAACAUAAAAAAAAAAAAAAACUAAGCGGCAGACAGAAGAAGAAGCAGCAGUAGCAGCAGCAGCAGCAGCAAGUGCAAGAGAGAGCGCAGCAAAGAGAGUGACAAAAUAAAAAAGAGAAGAAGCCGCCGCCGUCGGAGUGUGUUUUUUGCUUCCUGAUUGAAAAAAAAAGAAAAUCAAAAAUCAAACAAAACAAAGAAAAAUCAAAAAAACUCCUUCAGGCGAAAUAAGAUUUGUUUUAAAAAAAGGAAGAAGAUAUUGUGUGUUUAAUUCACACACACACAUAGUGAGAGAGAGAGAGAGACAGCAAGAAAGACGCACAUACACACACGUAGAGGCGCAAUGACCUUGCCGACAAACACAAAUGCAACACCAAACGACGCGGGCAACGGCAGUGGCAGCGGCAGCGGCAGCGGCAGCGACGACGACUCAGACAUGUUCGGACCGCCCCGCUGCUCCCCGCCCAUGGGCUACCAUCAUCAUCGGUCGCGCGUGCCAAUGAUCUCGCCAAAGUUGCGGCAGCGGGAGGAGCGCAAGCGCAUCCUCCAGCUCUGCGCCCACAAGCUGGAAAGGAUCAAGGACUCGGAGGCGAAUCUGCGUCGCAGCGUCUGCAUCAACAACACCUACUGCCGCCUCACCGACGAGCUCAGGCGCGAGAAGCAGAUGCGUUACCUCCAGAAUCUUCCCAGAACCGACAGCUCGGCCGCCACGGAACUGGCACGUGAGAAUCUCUUCCAGCCAAAUAUGGAUGAUGCCAAGCCGGCCACCACCAACAACAACAAUACCAAUAUAAAUAAUAAUAAUAAUAAUAAUAAUAAUACAACAAACAACAAUACAAAUAAUAAUAAUAAUGGAAAGUCCUAUGGCGGAGAAUCUCAGAUGGGAGGACGUGUAGAUUUGGAGAAUCAACCGCCACAAGGUGGCGCCACCGGAGGACGUCAGUCUACAUCACCGGCUGGAGCUUCAGCACCGACGGCAGCUGCCACGGCGCCCGUUUCCGUUUCCGGUUCGGUCUCCGCCACGGCCAACAAUAGCCGGAAACGUCACCUGUCGAACAGCAAUUUGGUCAACGAUCUGGAGAUACUCGACCGGGAACUGAGCGCCAUUAAUGCCCCCAUGCUGCUCAUCGAUCCGGAGAUCACCCAGGGUGCCGAGCAGCUGGAGAAGAUUAGCCGGAAGCGAUUGAGGAGCAACAGUAGCAGCGAGGACGAGAGCGAUCGUUUGGUGAGGGAGGCCCUUUCCCAGUUCUACAUACCACCGCAGCGUCUCAUCUCGGCUAUUGAGGAGUGUCCUUUGGAUGUGGUCGGCCUUGGGAUGUCUGGCAUGGGAAUGGGUGUAGGUGUGGGUGUGGGCAUGGGUAUGGGAGGAGUUGGAGUGGGAGUAGCGGCCGGAAAUGGAACGGGAAUAGUAGCAGGCGCUGGCGCCGGCAUCGAUGGUCCCAGCAGUAAGCGAAGCAAACUGUCCACCGGCAGUGGGGAUCAUCAUCAUCACCACUUGCUGCACCAUCAUCUGGAGCUGGUCGACUUUGAUAUGAACCAGAACCAGAAGGACUUUGAGGUGAUCAUGGAUGCCCUGAGGCUGGGAACACCGACGCCGCCGAGCGGCGCCAGCAGCGAUUCCUGCGGCCAGGCGGCCAUGAUGAGCGAAUCGGCGAGUGUCUUCCACAAUCUGGUGGUCACCUCCCUGGAGACAUGAAAGUAUCAGUAAAGGGAACUCCAUCCUAGUAGCCACCAUCCAUCCCGCCACUCCUCCCCCCCCCCCCCCCCCCUCCCCAUCUCCUGCAGCAGACAAAGAUUUAAAAAAAAAAAAAAAAAACAAACAAAAAUUUAUUAUGGUUUUGUAUUUAAUCUUAAAAGAAAUAUAAGAUUAUAGAAUUAAAUGAAAAAACUUAGGCUAUGACACAUUAAAAUUAAUAAAUUAGAAUUAGUAAAAAAAAAAUAUAUAUAUAUAAAUAUAUAUAUUAUAUUUAGCGAGCCAGUAUUACUCAUUAUUUGGCAAUCGCAGUUUGUACAAAAAAAAAAUCAACAAAAACAUAAAAAUCCAAAACUUAAAAAAUUAAAACAAAAAAACUUAACUUUUAAGUCGCCGCAGCAGCAAACAAAAAAUGAAAUCAAGACAAAAAAUAAAAAAAAAACAAAAAUCAAAGAAUUUGUAGUCAAAACAGCAGAAACAAAAAGCACAUUUAAAAAUAAAUAACAAGAGAGAACAAUUUAUAAGUUAACUUAAAAAACAAAAAAUACUAAGAGAUCUUAAAAAAUCAUAAAAGAAAGCUAACAAAAGUUCAGUUGCGGUUUCCAUUUCGGUUUCCUAGAAGCUCCAUUAAUUAAAUACCUUAAAAAAAAAACCUUAAUUAAAAUUUAUUUAAAAAAAACUUCCAAUCAAAAGUAAACUUAAAAAAAAAGCCAAGAACAUUCCAGGGUAUUUUUUUUUAUUUUUUAUUUUAGUUUUUAUGAAAUACCCAUAACUUGGCUUAUCAGACCUGGAGCCCCCGAUUUGUUACCGAAUUUUUGUUAUAUCUCAUUUAAAAAACAAAAUUAAUAAUAUAUUUUAAAUUUUUAAUUAAAAAAUAACCCGAAGAAGUUCUCCUAGUCACACAACAACAACAAUAACAAAAAGCACAUACAAUCGGCAGAAAAGAAAAAAAACAUAAAAAAAAAGGUUUCAUUUUCGUCAAUUCCAAAAAAAAUUUAAUUAAAAUUUGUUCCAAUUUUUUAAGCCCCUCUUACAAAAAAAAAAAAAAACAAAAAGUGAACAAAAAAAACUGAGAAAACAAAAUUAAAUAGAAAUUUUUUGAGGAAAACAAAAACUUAAAAACAAAAUAUUAUACAAAAAAAGUGCAAUUAGAAUUUUUUAAAAUAUUGAAAAGCAAGCCUAGAAAACAAAAAAUUAAGAAAAAAAAACCCAACAAAAGUGCAUUCAAAAAAUAAAUAAAUCGGGCAAAUUAACAAAUUAUAUGAAAGUAAUAUUAGAAUUAACAAUUAAAAGCAACAAUUUUUUAAAUGUAAGACAACAAAGAAAAAAAAAGAUGAAAACCGCAAAAAAAUAACAAUUUUUCUUCGAAAAAAAAGAAUUAUGGCUGUGAUAGAAUUUUAAGUUUUUUUUUUUGCUAAAAAAAAAAGAAACAAAAAAGUUAUAAUUAUAUAAAAAAAAAAAGCAAACAAAAAAGUACUAGAAAGAAAAAGAAAAUACUAAGCAUAAAAUCAUGAAUAUUAUGAUCUAUGUGUAAAAAAUUAAAUGAACAUUUUUUUUUAGUAUUAAUUAAGAGGUAAAAAAUAAAAACGAAAACAAAAAAAAAAAAGAAACCAAGCAGAAGAAAGAGAGUGAGAGUGUCGAGGGGCACUUUCUUUCCCGCGAGAAGAGAAAUGGAGAAAAGCCAAGAGAAUCUCCUCUCUCCCCGAACUUUCGCUAGCUUGGCUUUCAUUGAUUUUUAUAUAUAUAUAUAAAAAAUAUCUAAAAAAAAAAAAUACAUACAUAUAUAUAUGUUAUUUUUUUAUUUAAUUUUUUCUAUAAGACGCCUCGCCUCGCCUAAGCUUUCGAUUUCGUUUUCGUUUCACAUUUCUCGCUUUUGUUUUGUUUUUCUCAUUCACACGUGUACGUCUUUGGCCCCAAAAAGAAAUCGGACAAAAAUAUAUAUAUCGGACAUAAUAUAUAUUCUACUAUGAUAUACUCCCUUCUGUUACCUCCUUAAAAAAAAAUCCAAAAAUAAAGAUCCAAAAUAUAUGUCGGGAAAGUCCAAGACUCGAAGAAUUUAUAGUUAAAAAAAAAAAAAAGAAAAUCGGAAGAAAGCGUUUAUUUUUUAUACAAUCCUGUUUAUCUUUAUAUAUUAGAUAUAUUUUUUUUUUUUUGAAAUAAUGUACCUUAAGUUUAUUUUUUCAUAUUAUAAUUAUGAAAUUACCAAUUAUUAUUAUUAUGAUUAUUAUUAUAAUUGUGCGUUUUUUUACGAACUAGACGAAUUACUUAGAUUUUAGACGAACAUUACGCCUAUGUAUUUUCCAUUUUAGUUAAUAUUUCUUCUAUACAACAUUAUCUAUAGUUUAAACCAAUAUAUACAUUAUAAAGUAUUCUGCCCCGAUCUCUCUAUAUAUAUUGGAUCGUACUUGCAGACAACAAACAAAAAAUACAAAAAAAAAAAAAACUAUUAAGCAGCAAAGGCAAAAAUAAAUUAUAAAAAAAAAAAAAAUUCAACAAAAAUUUAUGUUUUUAUUUAUUUAUUUUUUUUUUUUAGAUUUUCUUCUUCUUUGUUUUGUGACCUUGGUGUUUCUUUUCGGAUAUAUCUAAUCCGUAGCUCCAUGAGAUCAUCAUCGUCAUAAUGGGAGCUCUCGGAGCGAGUUCCGAAAAACAAUUUCUGUGUCUCUGCGGCUGACCUAGCCCAGGGUUAGGCUUUUGUUGUUUUUUUUUUGUUGUUUUUUUGGCCAGUUUGGGGGUCAAAUUGUAUUGAAAACAAAAAAGAGUGUUCCGUUGACUGCAUUCCAUGUGUUUGUUGCCUCGAAAUAUAUUAUUAUAGAUGGGUUUUUGGCCAAUGUCGAACACGUUCAACGACUUUCCGUUUUGUUCGGGCUUGAACCCAACAAAAAAAAAUUAUCCACUUUAAUAUUCCUUCUCUCAAAAAUAUAUAUAGAGUCUAUAAGAGUAUAUUUUUUUCCGAUUUUUGUCAGAGACACUUGUAGCUUCGUAAUUAUAAUUUGCCAAACUGAAUAAUACCUCUUAAUCUAUGGACCAGUCUCUUUAGCACAUACAUAUACAUAUAUACAUACAUAUAUAUAUAUAUAUAUAUAUAUAUUCAUAAACUAUAUAUAUAAACUUGAUUUAUUUCUAUAUCUGUAGUUGCAACAAAGUUUGAUAAAAAGUUUCAAUUUUUUUGUUUUUAUUUUUUUUUUGUAUUUCCAAUUUAAAUGUUCCAGAAAAAAAAUAAGAAAUAAUGAUUCAAACUUGAUAGAGAACAUAUAUAUUUAUAUAUAUACCAUAAUAUAUAUAUAAAUAUACUUAGUAUAUAUAUACAAAACAUGAAUAUUUAAGGAUACAUAAGUGCUUUUUAAUGGAAUAUAUAGACCGCAAUGAAACAUACAAGAAUCAAUGUUUUCGAUUAACAAAUGACAUAUAAACUAAAUAUACAGAGCCUAGUUGUACGUAUUUAUUAUGAGUUGCUUUUAGUGUGAUAAUUAAUUAGCAAACAACAAAAAAAUAAUAAGUGAACCAGAAAACUUGCAAAUAAAUCAUAAGCAAAAAAAAAAAAAAAAA